AGGUGGGGCUACUUUUUGGUACCCUUUGUCCCCUUACUGCUAUAAAGAGCUCUAGGACGUCGACAACUCUAGAUCCGUAAUUGCUAACUGGGCUCUACCACUUCAACUACCUAGGAAGUACAACUACGUCUUUUGACUUUCGAUAAUUUGUUCCGAUACUGUCACAAUGUAUAAUCUCAAUGAGAACUUUACCGAGCUGGCGGCUCAGAUUGCUUCUAGCACAGCCAUCAUAACCGAAUAUCUCAAGAAAAACGGUCUCCCCGAGCCUGAUUUCACCGUCAAUUCUGCAGGGGGGCUGCCGCCAGUGCCAGAAGUACAGGAAGCGCGUAUGAACUUGAUCGAUGCUACCUCAAAACUUCGCCAUCUCGCUCUCGGCUCGGACGAGCUCCUACGGACAGAAUCUUUGCUCAUGCACCACGACCAAUCAGUCAUAGACAUCCUCAACCAAUUCGAUGUCUGGACUGCGGUCCCACACCAUGGCACCGCAUCAGUCGCUUCUAUCGCAUCGAAAACGGGAAUACCCGAAGAAAAGCUACGUCGCAUAUUUAAGCAUGCGUUCUCGAUGGGACUCUUUGCUGAGACCUCACCGGGAUCAUGGGAGAUCGUGCACACAGGAAGCUCGUCGUAUUAUUAUAGGAACCCUUUGAUUAAAGCCUGGAUCGGCCAUAACCUCGAGGAGGUGGCACCAGCGUGCACCCGCCUACCCGAUGCACUACGCAAGUACACUGACAGCCAAGAGCCGGCGCACUGUGCUGCUGGUGUUGCUUUCUUCCCCGACUCUCCGCCAGAUGCGACGCUCUUCAGCUGGUUCGAUAUUGAACGCGAGGGAGAAGAGAAGGGCUGGCGGGUUCGACGCUUCGGUGAUGCAAUGGCGAGCUUGGCUGAGACUGGGAGUGCGAGAAUCGAACACGUUAACGCUGGAUUCGACUGGGAUAGUCUCGGGGAGGCAACUGUUGUUGAUAUCGGCGGCUCUCUCGGUCAUGCUUCUAUCGAGCUGGCGUCCAAACACCCCAAGCUCAAGUGUAUCAUCCAAGACUUCGCAGAGCUCGAGCCGCAGUCCGCCGCUCUCGUCCCCACGGAACUCAAAUCGCGCGUCACUUUCCAGGCCCACAACUUCUUCGAGCCGCAACCCGUCGUUGCGGAAGUGUACUUCUUGAAACAUGUCUGCCACGACUGGUCUGACAAAUACGUUGUCAAGAUACUGAAGCAGAUCGUCCCUGUCAUGAAGACGGGCUCGCGCGUCAUCCUUAUGGAGUUUAUUGUGCCGGCGCGUGGUGCGGUGCCGGAUUCGGUGGGGCGGUUCAUCUCCGCGAUAGACCUGCAGAUGAUGACACUGUGUAAUUCCAAGGAGAGGACGCCGGAGGACUGGACCAAGGUCGUUAAGGAGACGGAUGAGAGGUUUGACAUCAAGGCGUUUGUGCAGCCGCCUGGGAGCGCGGCCGGAUUGAUCGAGAUUGUUUGGAAAGGCUAGGAAGCUGAUAUAGGUGGUUGUUUGCUGAGAGGGCGACAGUUUUACGAGGAUGAAUGAAUGAAGCAUUUUCGCAAAUUGCCAUAAAGUCAAUGCCAACGUGUCUCUGCGAGUCCUUGGAAGUCAAAUACUUGUGCUUAUCAU